AUGCUUCGGACGCUGAAGCAGGACAACAUCGUGGAGCUGAAGGAGGCUUUUCGCAGGAGGGGGAAGCUCUACCUUGUCUUUGAAUAUGUCGAGAGGAACAUGCUGGAGCUUUUAGAAGAACUGCCAAACGGUGCGCCGCCUGAUAAAGUUCGAAGCUACAUCUACCAGCUCAUCAAAGCCAUCAACUGGUGUCACAAGAAUGAGAUAGUACACAGAGAUAUUAAACCAGAGAACCUCCUCAUCAGCAAUGAGGAUGUUCUCAAACUCUGUGAUUUUGGUUUUGCUCGUAACCUGUCUGAAGGAACAGAUGCCAACUACACUGAGUACGUGGCCACAAGGUGGUACCGCUCGCCUGAGCUGCUGCUGGGGGCUCCCUAUGGGAAGGCGGUGGACAUGUGGUCGGUGGGGUGUAUCCUCGGGGAGCUGAGUGACGGACAGCCCUUGUUUCCAGGGGAAAGCGAAAUUGAUCAGCUCUUCACCAUUCAGAAGGUUUUGGGGCCACUUCCAGCAGAACAGAUGAAACUCUUCUACAACAACCCUCGGUUUCAUGGAAUCAGGUUUCCCUCAGUUACUCAUCCUCAGACUUUGGAGAGACGGUACCAAGGCAUCCUAAGUGGCUUGAUGUUGGAUUUGAUGAAGAAUCUCUUGCUGCUAAACCCCACUGAGCGUUAUCUAACGGAGCAGAGUUUGAACCAUCCAGCCUUCCAGCCUCUGAGGCAAGCAGAGAGAGAGAGGCCUCCUCCUGCAUCUCCCAACCCACCACGAUCCUCAAAGAGGAAAACACACCAUCACGGAGAGAACACAGUUCCUACAAGGAGUCACACGAAGAGUUCAAGCCGUCGCUCCAACAGCAAAGAAUGUUCCAGCCUUCCUCGCCAUGGGGACCUCCAUCACCUCGGCAAUGAGAGUUUCCUCAAUGGUAACAAACCAGCCCCGACCAGUUUGAGUCCAACGCUACAUCCUAAGGGCCAGUACUUGUCCCAGACCCUCAAUCGUUCUGCCUCAUCCAACAAAGACCUGGCAAACAACAACCUGCCACACCUCCUCAGUCCCAAGGAAUCCAAAAACAAGACAGAGUUUGAUUUCAGCUUGGGACCUUCCCCAAAGUUGUCGGACCAGGGACACGGUGCCAAGUAUGGCCACAGCAAGCAAAGCUCCUCUCGCUCUCAGCAGCAACAGCAGCAGCAGCAGCAGCAGCAGCAGGUCGGCCGACACACUUUCCUAGAAGGCAAAACGAACACCCUGCAGUCUGGAGCAGAUAAACAACACAGCCGACACGCCCACAGCAUGGCAGACUCCGCCCACGGAUCCAUGUCGUCGUCAUCUAAAAGUUCGGCCUCCUAUCUCAGCCUGUCCAAGAGCCACAGUGCACUGAGCGACGCCAAAUCUGUAGGGAACCUUAGUGACGGUCGACUCCACCCGGACGACCCGAACGCCAACACGACAGCUGGGGUGGGUCCUGGCGCCCGUUUCUUCCCCGCCAGCUGCUUAGACCUCAACGCCCCUUCAGGUCCUCAGGGACCCCCAGGAAGCCCCUCUGCUCGACACAGCGACCGAUCCGGCCACAGCCCCGCCUCUCGUAGCAGCGGCACCGCCCGCAUGGAGAGCAGCACCCUGGACUCCUCAUCCAGACACAAAUCCAGACAUAAAUCUUUAGCUCCAGAAGAUGCUGGUGCUCCAGAGCUCCUAGACCCAGGAGGAGUCGGGAUGCCCUCCACUCACACUCUGCCUUCCCCACACGAGUCUUAUCAUUACGGCCUGGGAUACACUUCCCCAUUCUCCUCCCAGCAACGGCCCCAGAGGCACUCCAUGUACGUGAGAAGGGAACGCCACCGACCGCACGGGGGCGAGAGUGUUAUGACGGGCUUGCCUGCUCCUGGGCAGGCAAUACCGACCCGAGCCAGUAGCCUGCAGCUCCUGUCCCCUCAGCUGCAGCACCGGACCACCCUCACUGGACACUCAGUGAGCUCGUCGAGAGAGGACUGCACUGAUGACAUGACCAGGAGUGAGCAGUCCCCUAAAGACAUGAGCCACCCUUGUGCCCCCAUCAAAGACUCUACGAGGGACAACACUGCUGCUUUUCAUACACAGCGCUCUAAAAACGAGGUCGGCAUGUAUCACGACCCGCAUGUCGAGGAUGGAGGUUCAUCCAAGGAGAACCGGAUGAUCUUCACUGAGUCGAUGCCUCGGAGAGUCGGCAGCUUCUACCGAGUUCCUUCCCCCAGACCAGAUAACUCGUCGUCUUUCCACGAUGGAGUCGGCCAGGGUCGAGGGCCGGUGGUACCCGUUGUACCUGGCGACCCUGUUGCCAUGGCCAACCACUCCAAACGCCAGACAGCUUUUGACUGGACCGCUGCAGAGGCAAUGGUCAUGAAUCCUCCAGAGCCCACCAAAGAGAAGGAAAAACAAGGCUUCUUCAGAGCCAUUAAAAAGAAAAAGAAGAAGACACAAAUAACUGACAUGGAGGACGGGAGGAACCCCAGCAUCAAGAAAAGCCUUUUCCCCCUGUUUAGCUCUAAGAAUAGCUUAAAGCACAACUCAGCUGUCAAAGUCCUACCCGUAGUCGCCUCGCCUAUGGUUCCUGGGAACGGACAAGAACAUCUGUCGCUGCAGAGGAGCUCCAAGUCGUCCUCUCACCACGGCAGCCGGCGGAAAAACCGCGAGCGAUCCCGAGACAGAGACCGAGACCGGGAGCAGAGCCGGGACCGGGACCGAGACAGGGAGAGAGAGAGAGAACGAGAGCGAGAGAGGGAGAGGGAAAGGGAGAGAGAGAGGGAGAGAGGGAGGGAGAGAGAGAGAGUCAAUGACUGGCCACCACCAGACAAACCAGUGGACUCACACUCUCAGAGCCAACCACUCAAGUCGCUCCGCCGGCUCCUUCACCUCUCCCCUUCUUCUUCAAAUCAAGGACAGCCUCCUCCUCCUCCUCCUCCUGACCUGCGCUUCCAGCCCCCUCUACCCAACCCUCCUCCGCCCUCCUCCAAAGCCGGCUACCCCGAGGGUCGAGGCCACGCCGACACCAGGGGCCACUCUGGGGUGAGCAGCUCCACCCAGGCCAAGAGCCGCAAGCCCAGCUACCCCCUGCCCGGACAGAUCGAGUCCAGCUGGCACGUAUCUGCUUUACAGCGGGCAGAGGGAGCUCAGUUCACCCCCGAACAGCUGGGCAUCAAACCGGGUCAGAACGGACCGACAUUCACCCGAGCCUCCCGCACCAGGAUGCCAAAUCUCAACGACCUGAAGGAGACUGCUCUGUAA